AGGUUGAAUGUGACCUAGUACUUUUCCAAUCAGAUGGCAUUUUGGAUGAUCGAGGCCGAGCGAAAACAACAUGCGUCACAUGCACGCCAUGAUGUGUUUUUACCAUAACCGCUUCGCGCUAGUUAGCUGCUACUGCUAACCGUGACUGAGUAUAACCUUGAACGUCGUCUAUAGACAUUUCUUUUAUCAAAAGCUAGUGAUUUGAAACGGAACUUCAUGUUCAUUUGUUCAGUUGUUCCAUCAUCAUCAGAGGCAAAGCAGAACUGCAGUUCGACAUUCACAAACUGACGGAGCAGGCCGUGAGAUUUUAGACUCUGAAACAUGUAUCGAUUCGGGCGGCUCAGCCAAGUCCGCGCUUUUGCGGAGAAGAGGACGACACUCGCGAAGCAGUUCUCCAGCUCCAGUGUUGUGUCGAAGACUGUUUUACCCUCGACCUGUAUACCGGGUUCUACGAAUACACACCAAACAAAAUGGGUACAACAAAUUGGAGUGUGUUGCUCUCAACAAUACCGUGCCCAGUCAACAGAGAACGAGUCGCGGAAACUCGACAGAGUUUACAAGAGACAUGAUUAUUUUCCCGAUCGCCAUAUCGGGCCAAAUGAAUCGGACAUUAGUGAGAUGCUCUCUUUUAUCGGAGCCGAGAGUUUGGAAGGUCUAAUUGAGCAGACAGUGCCAUCCAGCAUCAGAAUCCAGAAGCCUUUAGAUCUUGACAAGCCAAUGUGUGAGCCAGAAAUCAUCAGUAGACUGCAAGAGAUAGCCGGUCAGAACCAGUUAUGGCGUAGUUACAUCGGCAUGGGAUACUACAAUUGCUGGGUACCCACAACGAUUCAACGAAACAUCUUGGAAAAUCCUGGCUGGACAACCCAGUAUACCCCAUACCAACCGGAGAUUGCCCAGGGAAGGCUCCAGAACCUUUUGAACUAUCAGACCAUGGUGGCAGACAUGACAGGGCUAGAUAUCGCCAACUCAUCUCUUCUGGAUGAGGGGACGGCUGCAGCCGAAGCUAUGACCCUGUGCGGCAGGCACACAAAAAGAAUGAAAUUUUUCGUCGACAGGAAAUGCCACCCUCAGACCGUAGCCAUUGUCCAGACAAGAGCCAGACCACUAGGCAUAGAGGUUGAGAUAGUGGACCGUGAUCAAGCCGAUUUCAGCCGCGGUGAUAUAGCUGGAGUUUUAUUCCAGUAUCCAGAUACGGACGGAAACAUCGAUGACUACCAUGACUUAGUCGAGGCAGCUCACAGCCAUGGGGCAUUGGCAGUGUGUGCAACAGACCUGUUAGCCCUGACCCUCAUCAAAUCCCCCGGAGACAUCGGAGUGGACAUCGCGGUAGGCAACUCCCAACGAUUUGGUGUUCCCCUGGGCUACGGCGGACCCCACGCUGCAUUCUUCGCCGUCAGGGACAAGCUGAAGCGGCAGAUUCCGGGAAGGCUGGUAGGGGUCACAAGGGAUGUGCAAAAUAAACCAGCUUACAGGCUAGCGCUACAGACCCGAGAGCAGCACAUCAGGAGGGACAAAGCAACAAGUAACAUAUGCACUGCACAGGCUUUGCUCGCUAACAUGUCAGCGAUGUAUGCUGUAUAUCAUGGGCCGGAAAAAUUAAAACACAUAGCAACCCGUGUCCACAAUGCAACACACAUAUUAGCAGAAGGGAUCAAAAGAACGGACCAUACCAUUGAAACGGGGGAGUUCUUCUUUGAUACCCUCAAGAUUCGAUGUGCAGGGGACAGGAACGAAGUCAUUCAGAGGGCAGCUGAAAAAAUGAUCAACUUUAGGCUUUAUGAAGAUGGAACGGUUGGGGUGUCAAUGGACGAGACAGUCGAAGAGAAAGACCUCAAUGACUUGUUGGAAAUCUUUGGAUGCAAAACAACUGCUGCAGAUAUAGCGGACUCCUUCCCAGGGGAUAAGCCCCCUGGCUCCAUAACGGAGACCCGGCACUCUCGCACAACUCCCUACCUCCAACAUCCUGUCUUCAACACGUACCACUCAGAGACCAGCAUCGUGCGCUUCAUGAAGAUCCUAGAGAACAAGGACCUGUCUCUGGCCCACUCUAUGAUUCCCCUAGGCUCCUGUACAAUGAAACUCAACAGCACCACGCAGAUGAUGCCUUUGUCAUGGCCCAAGUUCUGCAGCCUUCAUCCGUUUAUACCCCUGAAUCAGGCCGAGGGUUACAAGGUGCUUCUAGAAGAGCUGGAACACGAUCUCUGCGAAAUUACGGGUUACGAUAACAUCUGCUUCCAACCAAACAGUGGUGCCCAGGGGGAAUAUACAGGCCUGAUGGUUAUCAUGGCCUACCUGGCCAGCAAAGGAGAGGGACAUAGAAAGGUCUGUUUGAUUCCAAUGUCGGCCCACGGAACUAACCCAGCGAGUGCUAGUCUCGCUGGCAUGACAGUCAAACCCAUCAAGGUUCUAGCCAAUGGCAGCAUAGAUUUUGAAGACCUGAAAAGACAGGUGGAAGCGCACAAGGACGACCUAGCAGCCACCAUGAUCACCUACCCCUCCACCAACGGCAUCUUUGAGGAAGGCAUCCGGGACAUGUGCCAGCUGGUCCACGACAGCGGCGGGCAGGUCUACGUGGACGGCGCCAACAUGAACGCGCAGGUGGGCAUCUGUCGGCCCGGGGACUACGGCGGCGAUGUCUCGCAUCUCAACCUUCACAAGACGUUCUGCAUUCCGCACGGCGGGGGCGGCCCCGGAAUGGGACCCAUAGGAGUGAAGAAGCACCUGGCGCCAUUCUUUCCCACCAAUCCAGUCACCCCUCCUCAGAGCACCAUAGAGCCCGGUGCAGCACCCCUGGGCCCCAUCAGCGCAGCACCCUGGGGCUCAACUUCCAUCCUACCCAUCUCCUGGGCCUACCUCAAGAUGAUGGGGCUGCAAGGUCUGCGAGUGGCAUCAGAAGUGGCCAUCUUAAACGCCAACUACAUGAUGAAAAGACUAGAGGGGCCAUACAAAAUCCUGUACAAGGGGCACAAGGGUUUUAUCGCACACGAGUUCAUCGUGGACACGCGGGAAUUCAAGCAGAUGUGUGGAGUGGAAGCAGCUGAUAUUGCCAAGAGGUUGCAGGACUUUGGGUUCCAUGUGCCAACCAUGUCUUGGCCGGUAACCAACACCCUCAUGGUUGAGCCAACAGAGAGUGAAGAUAAAGCUGAGCUGGAUAGGUUCUGCGAUGCCAUGCUAUACAUCCGUGAGGAGAUAGAUGAGAUUGUGGACGGUAGGAUUUCACUGGAGCAGAGCCCACUCAAGAACGCUCCUCAUUCCCAGAGCAUCGUGAUGGCCAACCACUGGCCAUGGCCCUACACCAGGGAGCAAGCUGCGUUUCCCAUGCCAUUUGUCCGACCGGAGUCCAAGUUUUGGCCGUCGGUGGGUCGCAUCGAUGAUGUGUACGGUGACCAGAAUCUUGUCACUUCCUGUCCACCGAUGGAAGCCUACGAAUGAAGCACACCCUCUCUCCAGAUAUUUUUUAUCUUGAUUUUAAGACAAUCAGGACACGUCUCUGCCAGGUAUUCCAAAGUCAUGCUCUCUGGGUUGUUUUUUUUUUUAACACAGAGUGAGAUUAUAACUUCAAUAUCAUUCAGGUUGGUUUGUUGUCAUGGUCCAUACCCUCCUCUGAUUAAUGCCCCGCCCCUAAACAAGAUCCCCAUAUGAUAUCUAUAAUGUUUUUAACCACUUUGCGCCGGGAUUAUUUUUGCAGACAAUUUCAAUUUCCGCAAAAGGCAAAAUUUUUCAGCCAACUUCUGAUAUACAGCCAAACGCCACAAAUGCUGAUGCGCACGAGUCAUUUCAACAGUAUUUGUACGAUUUUUCUUGCCGAAACCUCAUAAUUAUGUUUCAGUACUGUAGGGUGUACACUGGAGCGUAAAUUGUACAAUAGGCUGAGCACAACUGUCAAUUCAAGAUCAACAAACGGUCUGCCUCCACAGACUUCAAAGACUUUGUGUGUGUGUACAAAAGGCACAAGGGAUUAGUGUGUUUAGACGUCACCGGGAGGCGAGUCGAGGCAACUUGACGUUAUAACCCAUCAGCCGUGCCUGUGUACAAAAACAGCCAGGGUUUGGGGUUUGCUGGUAUUGUACACAAAAAUGUAAACCAUUAUGCUGUCAAUAAUCGUGCCAAAGUGGAAGUGUCGCAACCCAUGCUCUGUAAGAAAAAGUGAAAGUUAUACACAGGUGUUAAAGAUUGUAUUGCAGCAUGUACAUGUACAUGUAUCCAUUGUGAAGCAUACUUAAUUAAUGCAGUUGAAUUUUCAAAGAUGCGUGAAGCACAGUUAGAUAACCACCCAAAGAAAAAAAAAUAUAUGCACUUAUGACUUUAAUACCAGAGCCAGCUGAUAGCACAUUGCCAUGAGGGCAUUUAUUUAUCAAAUUCUGUUAUAUAUUUAUCAGUUGAUUUGUGUCUUAAGUCACCUCUUCCUUCAACACUGUGAUUUUGGUUUUACUGAAAGUCAAUUUUCCACAGCUGUAUGACAAUGGGUUUCCCAGGACGUGUAUUUUUGAACUUCAGUCGAAUGAGGAAUGUUUCUGUUUUAAAAGACAUCUGGAGACAGAACUGUAUGUACCUGAUUGCGUAAACUAAAAGAAUUUUAAAACAGUUUUUAGGUAAUGCAUUCUUCCUCUCGUUACAACUUUAUUUUCUUUCUUUUUUUUUUCUUUUUUUUAAGAAAUACUGAUUUAAGAAUAAAUUAUUAAUAAAAAGUAAUAUUGUAUAUGACAUAGACACUUUGCUUUAAGCAGCAGACAUCUUCGAGGUUUUUCUUUUCUUUUCUUUUUCAAUUCAGUAACAAUGAAUGCACAAGAGAUCUUAUGAAUAUGUAUGUGGAACAAGCAUAGACCCUCUAAGAUGGCUGCAGUGGAAAGGGACUAUAGAUUGUUUAUAACGUUAAUUCCCGUCUUUUUAAUCUUAUUUUUUGCUGGAAAUUUCGUUUGAAAUGUGUCCGUUGUGUGAUAGACUUCUGAUUGGCAUACAACCCCGACUGAAGGAUUUGUCUCAUUUCAUAAGGAAUUCUAUGAAAAUUCCUGUGGUAAUUCAGUUGGUGGCGCCCUGACAAACUUUUAAGGGAAAUUUACAGGAGCCUUCGCAUGGUGUGGUUUGAUAGUGGUCAACUUUGCCAGUUUUAGGCACUCAAAUGUGUUCAUGUGCUAUAGCUUAAAAACCUACAUGAUGGUGACACAAUUUGCUAUAAUGCAAUGUCACAUUUGUUCCUAUAACAGUCAUCGUUUGCAAAGAGCGAUAUACUUAUUAAUUUUUCUUUUUAUAGAUUUAGUCAACUUUGCUGCACAUAAAACAUUAUAGAUUUUAAAAAUAUAACGAAAUAUGUAAAUCUGAAAUGAAAACAUGCCCCCAAAAAUAAAAGUAUACCCCAAAAAUAAAUGUAUGCCCCCAAAAAUAAUUGUUAUGCCCCAAAAAUAAAUGUUUAAAAUAAAAUUUUAUCUGCAUUUAAAAAAAUCAUCCACAACUUCACUAUAGUAUGUGGGCUCCUGUAUUUAUCCCAGAAUGUCAUGAAUAAUACAAAUUUUACUGUUCAAUUGUAAUAUAAACUACUUCAAGCAGUGCGUCUUGAGUCGAUAAAAACAAAUUUUAACAGGGAGAAUUGUCUAAAAUUCAAGGCUUUACCUCAUGAAUGUGAUUGUUUAAGUCUUAGUUUUAUGUUCUGUUCUCAUUUACUUGCACAAUCUUUUGUCGUAGCCAACCAAUAAAUUACCCUAAUAUACAUCUGCAGCUCUAUGCUGCUCAUAUUAUUUGGAUUUAUGCACAAGUAUAACGUUUAUUGGCCGAUGGCUAGCACACGCCAUGUGCACCAAAGGGUCGAAAACAGAAAGUUAAUAUAUUGAUAACUCUUAUUUUGAAAACAUUGAGAUUUAAAUAAUAGACGGAAUUUCAUGACGUCAAAUUUUUAGUGGCUUUCAACCCAAAUCUGCUCACCAAAAUGUAUACUGUACAUGUUUGUUGCGGUUUAUUCCUCAACUGCGCUGUCAGUCAAUUUGACGUAACAAAUUUAUUGUGAUGUCAUGAAAAGAAGUUAUCUAAAAGGAAUGAUCACUUUGAAGACAACUAUAAAGUUAAGUGAACUAUUAAUAGCCGCCUUAUAAAUAAUUUGUCACGAAAUAUGCCUCAAUUGUCUUCCUAGAAUUUAUUCCAAAUUCUUUUGUGUGUGUUGUGGUUUUUAGCUUGUUCUUUUUAGUUUGGACACUCUUGCAUGGCCUGUGUGAUGAGUGUGUGAUUAAAGUAAUAAUAAAUCCCUGAAAUGACUGUAAAGGAAAA